AUGUACACUGGUUUUUGUCAAAAGAAACAAUAUCCGCGAUUUGCUCGAUAGAAUUGAUAAAUUUUGGAAAAUCGAAGACGUCCAAGACGAAGCUGAGAGAAAAGAGCAUGAGAAGUACCUAAAGUUCAUAAAAACUAUGUCCUUCUUGUACAACUUUUUGUGUAUCUGUACUACCCUAACUUUCUCGUGUAAACCUCUGUCCGGCGAAUUGUCUUUUAACACGUACAGACCAGAACGGAUUCCAUUUCAUCUCCUACAAGUUUAUGAGAGUAUAGCGUUUGUAGUUGGCAUUUAUCUUCCUCUUACUGGAUUGGAUAUAUUCGUACUGACGUUGCUGCUGCUGACCAAGAUGCAGUUUAAAUUACUAAAUCAAGAAAUGGAAAGGCUGUUCAACGAGAUGGCAAGUUCGGAUGGAAAAUCGAAACAUUUCGAUAAGAAAAUUAAAAAACUUGUCGAGUACCACGACUUCCUUUUGGAGCCCACUCUAAUAGGAUUAAUUGAACCUAUAGCACGUCUGAUCACUGGACUAACUCAAUUUACUUUCUGUUAUUGCUUACCUGCACAAGCUGUAACUGAUGAGGCGGAUCGUACAACGGAAUACGCUUAUUUCAAUAAAUGGUACGAUAAUCCAUCUUCAGCAAAAGCAGCUCAGUUGAUGAUACUCGGAAGAAGUCAGAGGAAAACACAUAUUUUAGCUGGUGGUAUUGUCAAUAUUGAUUUGGAUAACUGUCUGAAAACCAUCAAAACAAUGGUGUCUUAUGCUAUGUUCAUACGGACUAUGGGAAUUGGGCAAGAUUAGACACGUUGAUGUUUAAUUGUGGCAUGUUAGUAUUUAUUAGAUCGAUUCACUUCACUUAUUGUUAGUAUAGUCACAUAAAAUGUGUAAAA